AUGAAAGAUGUCGUAUCACCUGUGCCACCAGAGGAGGUGCGGGCAGUUAUACGUAAAUGUCUCGAGGAUGCCGCUUUGGUCAACUAUACACGGAUAUGUAAUGAGGCGAAGAUUGAACGUAAGAAGGCAAAGUUGUAUAAAGUGAAAAAAGCACUUUAG